GAAGCGGAAGUGGCGCGGGGCCGCCGCCGUGGUGCCCGCGAUGCUGUCGCUGGACUUUCUGGACGAUGUGCGGCGCAUGAACAAACGGCAGCUCUACUACCAGGUGCUGAACUUCGGCAUGAUCGUCUCGUCCGCCCUCAUGAUCUGGAAGGGGCUGAUGGUGGUGACGGGCAGCGAGAGCCCCAUCGUGGUGGUGCUGAGUGGAAGCAUGGAGCCUGCAUUUCACAGAGGAGAUCUCCUGUUCCUAACAAACCGCAUUGAAGAUCCAAUCAGAGUGGGAGAAAUUGUGGUCUUUAGGAUAGAAGGAAGGGAAAUUCCUAUAGUCCAUCGUGUUCUGAAAAUUCACGAGAAGCAAAACGGUGACAUCAAAUUUUUGACGAAGGGAGACAACAAUGCUGUGGAUGACAGAGGGCUGUACAAACGAGGGCAGCACUGGCUGGAGAAAAAGGAUGUAGUAGGACGAGCAAGAGGGUUUGUGCCCUACAUUGGAAUAGUGACCAUCUUAAUGAAUGAUUACCCAAAAUUUAAGUACGCAGUCCUCUUUCUACUGGGUUUGUUUGUGCUGGUCCAUCGAGAGUAGCCUGCUGCACUGAAGAACGCAGUGAAAAUUCCAUGGGUUGUGUAGGUGAACGUUUUAAGUAGAAGACGAUGGUCCGAUGUGCCGGGAGGAAGAAGAAAACGUACAUUUCAAAGCUUCUUGCCAGUUUGGGUUUGUUUUGUUUUUUACUGCCUAAGGGCGAAUGUUUGUCACAGUAUUUCCAAUGGUUUGUCACAUUUUAGCAUUUUUAGUGAGGUUUUUUAUAUUAAAACUUUAAGCCAAA